GUCUUUGUUAAGUCUGCCAAUAAGAAGAAGAAAAUCAGCAAAGCUGAACGAUUGAAGCAGCUACAAGAGGAGGAGGAGAGACGACAAAAAGAGGAAGAGGAAGCCCGUCUGAAAUAUGAAAAAGAAGAAAUGGAAAGGCUUGAAAUAGAACGGAUUGAGAAAGAAAAGUGGCUGCAACUUGAAGCAAAAGAUCUGGAAAGGAAAAAUGAAGAACUUGAAGAACUUUAUUUAUUAGAGGCGUGUUUUCCUGAAGCAGAGAAAUUGAAACGAGAUCAGAGAUUGCUUACUCAGUGGGAACAUUACAUUCGGUGUGAUGGGAGUCCUGAUCCUUCAAUAGCUCAAGAAAUUAAUACUUUCAUUAGCUUGUGGAAAGAGGAAACAGAUGAGACUUUCGAGGAAGUAAUUGCAAAGAGUAAACUAGUGCUACAUUUAAUUGAUAAAUUGAAAUUAAUUUUAUUGGAAACCCCCCCAUAUGAUCUGCAAGAGAAAAACAUCGUGCAGUACCAAGGAUCGAUUCUAGAGCUGCGGGAGCUCCUUCAUCUCAAGUUUAACACGGCCACAGAAAUUCUACUCAGGCAAGCUAGUACUUUAGCAGAUCUGGACACUGGAAAUAUGGAAAAAGUCAUUCAAGAUGAAAAUGUUACUCUAUAUGUGUGGGCAAACCUCAAGAAGAACCCAAGGCACAGAAGUGUCAGAUGCUCUGAAAUGCAAAUUGGAUUUGAAAUUCCAAGGAUAUUAGCCACAAGUGACAUUGCCCUGCGGCUCCUGCACACUCGCUACGACCAUGUCACGCCACUGCACCCUGUCCCCACAUUAUUACAGGCACGGGCUUCCAGGGUGCCUCUCUCUGUCAACGACGAAGUCAAGAGUGUACAGGCAGCAGUCAGCAACGAGCUACAGGAGGAGUAUAAACAACAGGAAGACGAGUCCCACUCAGUCCAGGAGGAAGAAAUGAAAGUCAAAGAACUAGGUGACAGUGUAGUACAAAUGACUUUUGUCGAGGAAGAAUUUCAAGACACAAGCUAUGAACUGGAGAUGAAAUUAUUAAGUGAAACAGUUUCAGCAGCACAGCUGCUGCUGCUGGAGAACACUCCUGAAAGGCUGGAUUUCUUCGAAGACGAUGAGGUGGACAUACACCAGUUCACAACUCUGGGCGGAGUGUAUCACUUGGAUGCUUUGGAACUGCCCCCACAAUGUAAACCAAUGAAGGGCUGGAUCAUUAUGGAAAUACCCAAAGAUGGAUUACAAAAAUAUAUAUAUCCUCCAACAACUACAGAAGACUUUGAAACAGAAAACACUUUCCCACCCAUAGAGGUCAUGCUUGAGGUUAAUGAGAACGUGAUCUUUUUUGAGCAGCCUAUGGUCGCCAGGUGGGAUGCUGAAGGUAAACAUUGGAAAACUGAUGGCAUCAGUAAUGUAGUUUACAAAUCAGAAGAGAGACUUAUAACGUUCAGCCUGGAGACUUUUGGCCCCAUUACCUUGAUUCAAGAUACUCAUAUCAACAUGCCAUAUCAGUCAUGGGAGCUAAGACCACUUGGCAUGAAUAACAUACUUUUGACUGUGAUUACAAUAUUUACUGAGAUUCAAAUACAAAUUAAGGAAGACCUCUGCAUGUUAACUUCAAUCAAACUAAAGAACAAAACACAUCCCUCUGUUUUGGAAGGAAAAUGGAUGACUCCUAUUUCUUUCAGUAUUGCUUUGAAAGCAGCUGGAGUGAAUAUCUUCCCGACUGAACACUCUCAUUUUUAUGUCGCUACAAACUAUAAGGUUCCUUUGGUAGAAAUGAAAGUUUAUCGAGAAAUGGCCCUGCUAAGUUCUGCUUUUGCAUUUGCCUGGAGCAAGUGGAACACACAGUGUGGUUCUAAGAAAGUUGUAUUUAAGGUGAGCGAACACCUUACUAAAGAAGAGGAACCUAUUGAGAAUUCUAAUUGGACUCUCUUAAUGUUUAGUGGUGACAGAGCACAAAUGCUCAAGAUUGAAGAAGACAGCGAGAAGUUCUCUGAAACCCUGAAAGAGGACACUGAGUUUCACUCUACUCUCUAUCACAUGGUUAAGGAUUUUGCUUCAAAAGAAGCAAUGGAGAAAGUUAGGAGCUCCAACUGCCUGUUUCUUAACUGUGUGUGCCAGAUGCUACUCUUAACUAGAUUAUUCAGCUAUUCUUAA